AUGAAAUAUCCCAAUCUAUGAUAUUGGUGAUGAAGUCGACACCCUAAUUACCUUAUAUGAGUUUAAAAUGCAUAAUCAUCAGAUCAUAAUUUGUGGCAAUUCAAACUUUCCUUCGGUCUCGUGUCUAUGUUAGCGUGUUAUUAUUCGCAAUGAUAAUUUGCGCACCGUGACCUCGCUGCGUUAAGUAUGUUUGUGACCCUCUUAAACUCGCUGUUGACGGACCACUUAGGAGGUGCCGGUGUUAUCACGACGCGGUAAUGUCCCUUCCGUGCUCUCAGAUAACCCCGCCCUGUGCCCAGCGUCCCCGUGGAGUCAACUCAACGCAUUUCGGUCGAGGCUUCCACAAGCUAGGUCCUUCCCGUCGUUUUUUUUGCAUCCCGUUGAAUGUAGCGAUGUCGACGCCGGAGAGUAAGGAAGGCAAGUCGAGCGUCUGCGGGAUUAAGGGUAAACUGAAGGAAGGAAAGGCGAGGCUAGAAAGCGCUUGGAGGAACGGGUUCGCGCUCUGGAAGUGUGACAAGGAAAAGCUCCCCAUCGAGGAGGUCUACAGAGUGCCCUUCUUCUUCGCUCGCGUCGUCGGCAUCCACGUCGUCCAGAGGAAUGCCGAAGGAACGUACGCCGUGUCCUACAAAGGGAUCAUCCCGAUGGUCGUGUGCAGCCUCGUUUGUCUGGUCGCCCUGGUGCCGCCCAUCCUCAUGAUCGUCUUCACGGGCCCGCCUUACUGGUUCAUGAUAAUGAUGGUGCCAUACAUAUUUGGCUACCUGUUCUGCAUCAUCGCCUACGUCCAGAUGCUUCUCAAAAGCAAGAAAAUGAUCGCUUACAUGGAGACCUCGCGUUCGAUGAAAAUCAGCACCAAAAUUUCGGUUCCUGUGUUUCUCUUCUGGUUGUUCUUUUACCCGGCAGUGCUGGCAGCAGCUGCCUUGUCCAUGUUCAGCGGGAUAGCAGCGCUGAUUUGCAUUCCGCCCAUCACCGUAGUGUCUUUUAUCCCCGCUACCCUCGACGUGUACAUGGCCUGCUACAUGAUGGCCUUCUACAGGUACCUCAAUGAACUCACGCAGGAAGUGCAAGCGCGGGACGUGUGGGCAGGUGAGGACGUGCAGAAAGUGACCGACUCGUGGAUGUACCUGACCAAGCUGGCUGGCCUUCACAACGAGAUCUUCUCCUUCACACUGCACCUCCGAGUCAUCCUCCUGAUGACGCAGACGAUGUCCUUUCUCUUCUGCGUGUGGGGCAUGGUUCGUUACGACGGCAUGUGCAUCAUGGUCUUCCUCUUCAACGUCGUCCCGCUGUGUGAGGUCAACGCCAGGUUCCUGAGUCUCUGUAAGAUCGGGGAAAGUGUCAUCAAUGCGAGCCACAGACUGAUCAGGGCGAUAACUGAAGCUAUAUACAGGAUCGACCCAGAUCUGCCUGAACAUUUUAGCCUGUCCGCCCUCGCUGCCCGUCUGGAAGCUAGGCCUAUCAGCAUUCAGAACUGGGGGAUGGAGAGCCUCUCCGCGCGCACCUUCGUGUCGCUGUCCAGCGUGGUGGUGACGUACCUCGUGGUGUUGCUUCAGUUCUGCCAAAAGAGCAUCGAGUUCACGAACAUUGCCGAUGGGGUGAUGUUCACUUGGUUCGACAGCUGCUUUUGCGAGAACACGACCUUGAUGAACGCCUCCUUUACAGCGCCGUGGAAUGACAGUUACCUUCUGUCUACAUAUUUGCAUACGGAUAUAUGAGUAUGUAUGGGCGUGAAUAUACGCAUACAGCAGCGUGGAAAGACACUCGGAUACACAUACACAUUUAAGGGUGACUUUGUAAAGAAAAAACACAU